CUCUUGAAAACAGCCAAUGGUGGGCCAUUGUUACCCGUAAAUUUAGAGUUUCAUGCUUCCAAACCACCCUAAAUCUAACACACAUUCACUGUUUCAGUCCAGUUUCCUCCCAGUUAUUCACUUUGUGUACAUUUAAAAAGAUUCACCUUUAUGUAUCUGCCUAGUGUACAUGUUAACCAGCACCACUGUUAGUUAUCAAACCGGAUCUUUCUCCUGUUUCAGCCUGCCACAUUUGUUUAUCAGUUCCCAUCCAUCUUCAUCAUGUGACCUCUCCAUAGUGAGGGAUGUUAAACGGGUUUGAUCUGAACAUUCAGCAGCGAGCACCUGAUCAGGGCACCACAAACAUACCUCAGCUUUGGUAUCACCAUGGCAACCAUACCAGUCCUGCUCCUCCUCCUCUUCUCAGCCUUUUCUCCUCCAGUCCACAGCCGCCUCACUACCUUCCAUUUCAUUAAGGAAAAAAUGAAUCAGACUGAGGCUCGGGCAGCUUGCAGAGAAAAUUACACCGACCUCGUCACUCUGUACUCUGAUGAAGACAACACUAUAAUGGCUAAACUGGUGAUAAAGGCUGGUAUCAGUUACGGCUGGAUCGGUCUCUGUCGCGGUCAGUUCAGUGAGAAAUGGUCUAAUGGUGAUCCUGUAACAUUCAGAAAUCUGGCAGGGGAUUGUGGGACAUCGAGCUGCUGUGCUGCUAUGAAACCUGAUGGUUCAUGGGAAAGUGCUCAGUGCACAGGGACGAGAUAUUUCAUGUGCUAUGAACAAGCUGCUUCUUCUCAGACUCCUAAUUAUCAUCUAAUCCUUGAGAGUAAGACCUGGUAUGAAGCUCAGCGUUACUGCAGGGGGAAAUACACUGACCUGGUCAGCAUCAGAGAUCAGCAGCAAAAUGAAGAGGUGAAGAUUAAAGGGUUAAACAGCAGCACGUCCUUCUGGAUCGGCCUGCUGCGUGAUGACUGGCAGUGGACUGAUGGAGGAAACUCCACCUACAGAAACUGGUGGAUUGGUGAACCUCAGCAAUCAUCACCACCAACUGACUGUGCAAUACUGAGUGGAGGAAAAUGGUUUUCAUGGUCAUGCACUGAUCUGAAUCCUGCUCUGUGCUACAGCACUUCCAUCCAUGUGAGUGAUGUGGCUCUGAGCUGGGAGAAAGCGCUGGAUUACUGUCAUGAAGGGAACAGGGCUGGAAUUCUGAACAUCGAUUCUGAAGCUGAACAGAAAGAGGUAGCAUCUGAGCUCAGGAGGAGGCGUGUCUCUGAGCCUGUGUGGGUGGGGCUUAGACAGAGCCGUCUCUUCGGGUUCUGGAUUUGGGCCAAUGGGAAGGCUGUGUUUCCGUAUUCCAACUGGGAUGAAGGGAAACAGCCUGAGCAUCAGCUCUCUCAGCACUGUGGCGCCGUCGUUCCACAGAAACACUACAGAUGGAAAGAUAUGGACUGUCAGUCUCACUAUAAAGCUCUGUGUCACAUCAAAUGUUCUCCAUGAACCUCCACCCAACCACACACACGCACACACACACACACACACGCACACACACACUGAGACAUUUAGAAAGUACAGUGACACACACUGUCUUAGAAACAAUGGGGUUAGGGGUUCUUUGCUUCUCAGAGUUCCCCUGUGAGGAACAACCAAAGACACGAAAGUAUUCAGGAGGGGAGAGAGAGAGAGAGAGAGAGAACUGGUGAGGGAGUGACUGUUUAUCGCAGCUAUAAUGUCAGUGAGACCAGGACCUAACAUGUCUCUCAGACUUUCCUCAACAUUAAAUCUAACUAUAAACUGUUAAAAUGUGCGACAUAUCGUUCAGUAAUAAAUAAACAGUGUAAAUGAGGGUAAAUCUCUGUGGUGUAAGUGGAAUGACACACUCCAGUUCCUGCUGUUAAAUGAAAGUAAUCCACUUUGGGGGCUAAGGCCACUCACCUUCCCCUUUGUGGAUUAUUUUCAUUUAACAGCACAGUCCGGAGUGUGUUAUUCCUUACUUAAAACCUGUACUGGAACUGAGCCUUAACGUGCAUGAUGACUUUAUUAAAGCUUUUACAAAUCCG